UCCACUGGCCUGAGCUCAUGCAUGAGCGCAAUGGAGACAUCACCGGUGCCUCAUGCGUUGCGCUUGCCACGUGCGCGGCCUGGUGUUGUAUCGCCGUCAGUGCUGCCGAACCCUCGGACACCAGCUCGCUCUGACCUUGCCGCGGCCUGCGCGGCACUGUGGCUGCUUCGGCGCGGCGUGCCGCGGCGUUCAAAGCCACGGGCCUCGCGGCUUUCCGUGGCCGCGCGGCGCCGUGAGUUGGCGCUGAGCUUCCUGCCAGGCCCGGCUUUCGCUGAGACUGAGGCUGACCUCGAGGCCAGUGUUGCGGCCGGCGCAGACCGGGAAGCGGGCAAGGUGCGGCGCUUGCUGGAAGACCCAGAGGUGAAGCUCAUCCGACAGCUGCAGCAGCGCGCGCAGCUCUUGGACGGCCGAACCUUCCGCCCACUGCAGCUGCCCUCGCUGCUGCAGAAGGGCAGUCCUUUGUACGACGCAGACGUGGUUUGCGUUGGGGAGAUCCAUGACUCGGAGGCAGAUCAUGCGAUGCAGCGGCUCCUGAUCGACGCGUUGACGUACGCGCUCUUUUUGGAGCUCAGAAGCUCCGAGGGCGUGGACCCCAGCGCGCCACGCGGGCGCACGCCCCAGAAUCUGUCAGCUCAGAAGCUGGCCGUGGGAGUGGAGUACUUCUCCCGUCAGCAACAGCCGACUUUGGACGGCCUGGUCUUUGACAAGAGUCCCGAUGGGCCGGGGAGUAGUCCCAGCAAGUUCAGGCGCUCAAAGUGGCAUCUUGGCAAUAUGGAAACAAACAAAGAGACUACAACCUGCUCAAAGUGGCAAGCCUGCGACUGGGAUCGGGUCUGGGCCUAUGACUGGAACCUCUACGCCCCGCUCUUCCGCUUUUGCCAGUUGAACCUCAACCGCAUCGUGGGACUCAACCUGCCCCUGGAGGCCGUGCUCACCGUGUCUCGAGGUGGCCUGGACUCGGCACCCGAGUGGCUGCGUUCGCAGCUGCCGCCUCUGGACCUCGAGCAGCUGAAGCACCGGCGCCGCUUCGAGGACAUGUUGCGGAUGCCCCUGGAGAAAGCUGUGCAGAGGAUGAGCCUUCCCACCUCAAGCUGGUCCCCCAAGGAGGAAUUGAACAACAUGUACCAAGCCCAAGUGCUGUGGGAUGAGUUCAUGGCCAACACGGCGCUGCGCUACGUGAGCGACGUGGGUGGCCGGCUGGUGGUGCUGGCGGGCGCCAACCACGUCUGGCGCGACGCAAUUCCGGAUCGCUUCGAGGCCCAAGCAAGACGAGGAGGGACCGCGCGAAGGGCGACCACAAUCGUGCCGUGGAGGGGCAGUGGCUUGCCACCCGCAGGCGCUGCGGACUAUUUGUGGCAGAUGGAUGGCCCAGGGGGUGGCGAUGAACUCGCCGCAGAACUUCGGGCGCAGCGCGAGCGGUUGAAAGGCAAGUCGAGGGUCUUUCCAGCCGGCUACAUUUAGCGGAAAAAGGUCCGCGCCAGCUAAGCUGAUUGCCAAGCUUGCGGCGCAAAAGAACUUUGACAGAUUUCAGAAGGGGAUAUCGGUGCUUGGGAGAACUGCUUGAAG